AUGGAGAAAAAGGGCUCUGAGAAAAACCGUCAUGUGGUACCCUGGCGUAACAAAGCGGAGUGGGAGCAGGUUCGGGACGACCUUUACUCGAUGGACUCCUCUCUGCAGAGGUUUGGGUUAGACAGGAUAUCGGCGUGGAGGGCCAGGUGCACUAAUAGUUUCCCCGUGGCCGUGGAAUGCACAGCGCACCUCCUGCGCUGCCAGAUGCGGGACCGGUCCGGACAGCUUACCGGAGAUGACUUGAUCCUGAUGUACGGGACGGCCCUGGUAAGAUUUGUUAAUCUUAUCACGGAGCGCCAGCAGGGGAGAAGGGCCCGGCCGCUGAGGCAACUGGCUAGAAACUUGAACAUCCCCGAGUGGGUGGUGGAUCUGAGGCACGGAAUCAUGCAUCGGAAGCUUCCUUCUUUGAAAUGGUGCCAAAGGGGAUGUAAGGUGGCCCUGGAGUGGCUCCAGCAGGAGUAUUGGUCCAGACAGCUGGGAGGAGCCCCCGAUGAGCGCUGGGACUUGCAGUCGCAUGGCGAGGAUGAGGACGUCAAGCGCCAGGAGGAUGAGCUCGUUGCCAGGCAGAAAGAAGUGGACGCCUACAGAAAAGCUCGGGAGCUGCUGAUCUCUUAUGAGAAGGACCAGUACCAAGCUUUUCAAGACAAGGAGAAGAGCUUGUGGCAGGCCCCCUUAGCAGACAUGAGUUGGUUGCUGGGUGAGAUCAAGCAGUUUGCACUGGAGUCCAGUGAGCUGUUGGUUGAUGUGCUGUUGGAGGACGGAUUUCUUGUUCCCACCAUAGAGCAGCUGGAAGCAUUAGGCUGUGCAACCUCUGACAGUGCCAGUCCCACUGAGCCCAGAGUCCCACAAACCUUCCUGCGCUUUUGGCUGCCCUUGCUAAAGCUGCUUAACUCUCCAGCUUUCAUUCACCUCUUCCUGGAGAGGCUCUUUGUGGAACUGGAGCUGCUCAGCAAAGAGCCUGACGGUCACAGGUGUUUCUAUAUUUCUGCAUGGAUUUCAGAAGUGCUCCUCUGCAACAACAACAACAAAUUUGAAUAUCAUUUUGAGACAAAGUUGCAGAAGAAAGCCAGAACGCAGGACAGGAUUUUCAUCAACCGCAUCCAGCUGAGGUGGCUGCAGCUUCUCUCUUUAUGUCUGGAUGCCCCCUGCAUCAGCAUGUCUCACCUGAUCCAGCUCAUCCUGGAUGACAUGGAGCACCCCCACCCUCAGGAAACCAGAGAGAAGCUGGUCCAGCCCUGCUCCAUCUACACACAGACAGAGCGCUCCGAGGCCAGCACACCUCUGCUGCAGCAGCAGCAGCAGCAGCCCAUAUUUACUGUGGAGAUGCAGCUGGACGAGAUACAACACUCCCAGCAGGACGCCCGUCCCUUACAUUCCUCACCGAUGGACUCGGAGAGAAGUGAGGAGUGCAAAUGGGGAGACGUGCAGGCUGAAAAAGCACUUGCCCUCAGAUGCACUGAUAAUGUCUCAUGGAAGAACUAUGCCAUUGGUAAAGUUCCUGGACAGUCGGAUGACCCGUCGUGCCUCAUGGUGGACAAUUAUUCGAUAAUGACUGUGUCUGACCAGCCAGUGGAGCUGGAGAGCAGCGCGACACGUAGCAGCAUCCCCGGGGCCUCGGCUCCAGCUCGGCCAGCUGAGGGCCACCGCUAG